ACCCCAUUGCACCUUGCAGCGCUCUCUGGGAAUGUGGAGCUGGUGAAGCUGCUGCUGCAGUACCAGACCCGAGUGAACCAGCAGAACUCGGCGGGGAAGAGCCCUCUGCACUUCGCAGCGGUCGGGGGGCAUCUGGAGAUCAUUCGCAUCCUCUUGUCGGCCGGGGCUUGCCUGGAGACGAGGGACGAUCAAGGGAGGAACGCGCAUGACUACGCGGUCGAGAAGGGACAGCAGGCUGCUGCUGCUGCCCUG